AUGUCGAGAGUCUUAUCAAGUGCUUUACGUGCCAAUGUCUCGAAGAGAUUAGCUUUGCAAGCAUCAAAGCAACCAAGAACCACCAUCUUGUCGACUGCUGCGAAAACUUUUGCAACGUCAGCCAUCAGAUCCUUGAACCAAUCCAGCAUCCGAUUCAACCACACCACCCCGGAAGCCGCCUUGGACCAAGUGUUGAAAGCCGAGAGCAAGUUAAUUGAAACGGCACCUAAUGAGCUCGAAUCGACUUACCAGGACUUUUUAUCCAGCAAUGGAUUCAAGUUGAUUUCGAAACCGGGCGCCGCUAAUGUCGAGUUGGUCAAGACCGACGCCGAUACAGGCAACGUCAUCCACGUCUACUUUGACAUUGACGAAGUCACCGAUAUCCCCACUGAAGAUUUGGAAGGCUUGGAAAAUGGCGAUUUGGAGGGCGAGAUCGAUUCGUUGGACUCGAUGUUGUGCAACAUCAAGGUGCUUGUUGAAAACGGCAAGAAUAACUCGGGCUUGUUUUUGAGUUUGUUCUUGCAGAAUACCGAGUCAUCGUUCAUGAUUGAUUAUGUCAAUGUGCACAAUGACGUGCAGAAAUUCCUCAAGACCAUCCAGGAGCAGAAUGAGUUUGUGGACAAGUUCAAUUAUCAAGGUCCUAAGUUCUCUGAUUUGGAUGAGAGUUUGCAGACUGAGUUUGAGAACUACUUGGUUGCUAAGGGGAUCGAUAGCGAUUUGGCUGAUUUUAUCGUUGCUUACAGCGACGUUAAAGAAGAGGAUGAGUACAGAAACUGGAUCAAGGAUGUCUCCAAGUUCUUAAAUUAG